UUUGUAUUUAGAACAAACAUAUAUAGAGAAAUGGCAGUUUUUUUAUUUGAAGGUUUCUCACAUUCAUUUUCCCUCUCUCUUUUUUGGUCUCCUACCUCCUCCUCUCCUCUUGAGACCCUAUGGCCGCUCGGACGGAGAAAAAUAGGUGGAGAUCAGUUCCAGAAUUUGGGGGGUGGGAUCACAAUGCGCCUGGAGCAAGCAAUUAUUCUGUUGUAUUUACUCAAGCUCGUGCCGACAGGAAACAGCGAAAAACUGACUUAACUGAGUUCAAAAGAACAAGCCUAGGGAAUGAAAGAGAGUUAAUGGCAGCCACGGGUAAAUGUCAUCGCCACCAAAAACAUCACCAUCAUCGACAUCAUCACCACCAUGAACAACAACACCAACACCAACACCAACACCGCCACCAUCACCACCACCGUCAUCAACCACCAGCAGAUGACUCUGUUGUCCCAAAGAAAAAGAAGAUUCUGACCUACAUCAAUUGUUGUAUCAGGCCUUGAUACGAGACAGAAGCCAAACCACUCCUCUAUGUUUUAGUCAUAUUAUGCUGUUCUGAAUCUUUUUUUUUUUUUACUGGCAUGUAAGUGUAGAU